AUGGCGAAGGAAUUUUGUCACAAGCACGCGCGGCAAGAUUUAAAAUUGCUGUUAGAAGAGCGCAAUCAGCAGAACGCGUUUCUGCGCGCUCAGCUUGCCGCACGCAUUGAACACACCGCACAUCUCGAGACUCGCCUGCUGAGCACGUUAGACACGCUCGAUGAGCUCCAGGCAUCCGCGACACGCGACCUCGAGCAAGCACAUCGCGAGAAUGCGCUCCUUGUCAAGAAGCUCGAUGUAUGCGACGCGAUUGCACGCGCCGCAGAUAGGGAGAAGGGUGAUAUGAGCAAUGCUGUUCUGCAGCUUGUCGCAAAAGUGGAAUCUUGUAAUGACUAUUCGAAAUGGCGCGCAUCUCGCAUAGAGUUUAGCCAUGACAUUACUCUGCACCCAGUACGACCUUCCAAGACCAACCGGGGCCAACCAUCCGUCGACGACUUGGCGGAAUGCACCUGUGCACACGCAUAUUUGCCUGCUGUCGUUGAAGAGCUUUCCGACUCCCUCGCACGAGAAAAACGCGCACACACUCUUUCAAUCGAAGAGGCCGAACGCCGCAUUGCAGCUCUCCAAUCUCGUGUCGCCGCACGAGACGCUGAAAUUGCGCGACGAAUGGCGAUAUGUCGGUGUCUGCCCACUUCAUCGACUCUCGAAGCGUCUACUCACUUGGAACUAAUAUCGGAAGAAGAACAGGCUAACGUUGCCACUCGGACUGCGGCUAUGGAUCGCGUACUGGAGUCUGAUAUAGCUGCCAUUGAGAAGAAGUUCAGACGAGAAAGACGAACUCAUAAAACACUUCGUCAAGUAGAUCAAUCCAUCCAGACCGAUCCCGGGACGCUUCGAUCGUUUGGUCCCUCCCGUGCCACCGGUUCCGAUCCUCUUGCUAAUCCUGUCACUAAAGAAAACAAUGAUGACGAGAUACCAGUUGCUUUAAACGCUUUAAACUCGCAGAUAGUCCAUCUGCGCGAAAAACUAAACGAUUUGGUAGCGGAGAAGGAGACUCUUCGCGAGAUUUUACAUGAUGAACUGGGUAUGCAAGAUCCCGAAACAUUGCUGAGGCAUCAGAAACAACGGAUAACGGAGAACUCAAUUGGCAAAGAUACGGACGCCAACGCGGACGGCUUUGCCAGGGAUGAGCGUAACACCAAGUUCAAAGACAUCCUUCUUUUAGAAGAGGAAUGCAUUCGAUUAAUGCGAUCCGAAGAGAGCCUAAAUAAUAGACUCGUGCAACUACAGCAUCGUGAAGCUCGUCUAAGCGAGGAGAACGCACGAAUGAGGGAGGAAAUCUCAAGGCUACGAAGUGCAGAGACUCGGGUGGACAAUCAACCACCUGCGACUUCUCUUCCUCCCCUUGACAUUUCUGCCGUCGACUUAGCUUUUCCUCCUCUGCAGCCGGAUGCUAUCUCGCCUGUAUAUGCGCGUGCUUGCGAAGGGGACAACACAUUACCUAUACCAUCGCACCGAAGAGGGCGGACCGGCUCUAGCUCGUCUGCAAGCUCGUCUUGCCCACCGGCUACCCCGACAUCAUUAAUCGACCCCAGCGAGAUUCCGUUACCAAUCACACCAACGUUUGACGAUGCUGAAGGCGAAGGCGAGCCUGAUGACGAUCGCAUUGCACGAGAACAGGACUCGCCAUAUCCGAGUAUAACCGAUACCCCCUCUCCAGAGCUGCCUCAACGAUCUGUAUCUCCACUGCGAUUAGAGUCGCCCACGCCCGCCGCAGGAGCGCGCAACGCAGAAGUGAUCGCACGCGAAUUAGCUGACACGCGUGCCGACGCUGAGAUGCGAGAUCGUGAGAUCGAGGAAGUACGUGAGUUAAUGGAGGAUCUCGUCACGCGAGUCAACAAUGAAAUGCGAGGUAGAUAGAUAGAUAAGAAGGCUUUGCUUUUCGGAUGAACUCGGUUUUCUUUGGUUUGGUUGGACUGUUAUGGUAUACUCUUGGUUUUCCGUUCACGAUUUCUUUUCGAUCUUGUUUUACCGGAAACGUGUAAGAUAAAUUCUCGCUUCAAUCUUGUUUAUACGUUUCCAUGCAUGAUGAUGUUGUUCUUUAUCCAUCAAUUU